CUUUCCUCCUCCGCGGUCUGGACACCAUUAGCUAGUUAGCUGUUGUUUAUAUUAGAUAAAAUGUCAACUACGACCGGCGGUGGAGAGUUUGGCAACCCUCUACGAAAGUUCAAGCUUGUCUUCUUAGGCGAGCAAAGCGUUGGGAAGACCUCUCUUAUCACCAGGUUUAUGUAUGACAGUUUCGACAACACCUAUCAGGCAACAAUUGGCAUAGACUUUUUGUCAAAAACCAUGUACCUAGAGGAUCGUACGGUCCGUCUUCAGCUUUGGGACACUGCUGGACAGGAGCGUUUCCGUAGCCUAAUUCCCAGCUACAUCCGUGACUCCACCAUCGCUGUGGUGGUUUAUGACAUCACCAAUCUUAAUUCCUUCCAGCAAACCUCAAAGUGGAUUGAUGAUGUCAGAACAGAGAGAGGAAGUGAUGUCAUCAUUAUGCUCGUUGGAAACAAGACAGACUUGGCAGAUAAAAGACAGAUCACCACAGAGGAGGGCGAGCAGAGAGCUAAGGAACUGAAUGUCAUGUUCAUUGAAACCAGCGCAAAGACUGGCUACAAUGUCAAACAGCUGUUCCGUCGAGUUGCUGCCGCCUUGCCGGGAAUGGACAGCACACCAGAGAAAAGCAAAGAAGACAUGAUUGAUAUCAAACUGGAGAACAAACCAGAGAUGACUGUCACCGAGAGUAGCUGCUCCUGCUAGUACACCUCAUGUCCCACCUGACCUGCCUCCUCCCCAACCAACAGCUUGUCUCUCAGUGGUCACUUGCUCCGCCCAUGGCCCUCUGCCAUUGGGAUGGAGAACCUAUCUUUUCCCUUUUCAACUCAGUGACUUUUCAGAGUAACUGUGUGGAUGUGCUAUUCUGUAUCAAAACAGGUUAUCUGGAUAAAAAGAAACAGUUUGAAAAGUAAACAUUUCAAACAUGAAAUUGGUUAAAUGAUAUGUUUAGAUUUUAAUUCAACUGCAUGGCAUUCAAUAGAAGUGCAGGACUGACAUAGCUAAUUGCUCUUGAGUUAUUGCACCGUUUGCAGCCUCAGUGCUGUCACACUUGUCGUUGUUGUAAAGUAAUAUUGCUUGGGAUUAUUUAAAUGACUGCAAGUUUGAGGUCUUGAUUCCAAAUAAUUUGCUCAUUUAUGUCUUACUUUCGAGUUUGGACUGUAAAAAUUCGAGUAUUGUAUCUACAGGAUAAAAACAAAAAAAUCUCCAAUUGAUUAUUCUCCAAUUAGAUUUACUAUGAAAACGUGAUAGGGUUUCUUCCCGGUUUGUUUACCUUGCUGCAAAGUGCUUUUGCAAUGUUCACCUCAAACUAAUGGUUUUCAUUUAAGAUGGUUUAUGGGACCAUGUAUCAGCUAUUAUUUUGAAGACCUCAUGGCAUUUACAGCCAAAGACUACAGCAGUUAGUCAGUCUUCGCUGAAAAUUGUUCUAUCUCUAGAGGGUUCGCCAUAGUCACCAUAAAAGGGAUGUCUAAUUAAUUAAUGAGAUGGCUACACAUUUUCAUCAAAGGGAAGUCAUCACAAAACACAUUAAAAUGCCUACUAACCUAAAACUUUUAUGUCCACAUUGACCCUAUAACAAACUAUCCUUUCAACUUUGUCAAAUCAAAUCAGCAGUACACAUACUAACAUUUCCAAGGGGUAGCGUUUUGUCCUUAAAUGGCUCUUUACAAAGCUGAAAGCCGAAAAAAAAGCCAAAAAAAAGAACAGCCAGUGUGGAGUUUCUCCAAAAGAAACAUGUCACUUUAGUCUGCAAGAUGCAUCCCUACCCACCAUCCCAUCCAUAUUUUGUGUUGUAUUGAUUACACUACAAAAUGCAGCAUGCUCACCAUGCAGGAUUCAUUUAUGGUCAAGAACACAGAUGCCUUGCUUGUUUGUUCACCAACGUUGUGCACUGAAUCAAGCCACAAUAUUGUAAAGAAUACAGAAGCCUGCUGACUGGCUCAUGGCUUCACUCGUUGUUUUGUAGAGCUUAAUAGAUAAAGAGUUUGUCCUCCAUUACAGCUAAAGCUUACUAACAACCCUUGCUGUAAAAAGCGCAAAGACAUUAUGGUUGCAGUAGCCCUUAUUGCUAUCACUUGUGUUGGACGGUUGGUUUUAUGUGUUUUAUUUAUUUUGUUACUGACAGGUGAAUAACAUUGUUCACUUGACCAAAAUUUAAGAAUCUGGCACGCAUGUUGGGAAAUUUUAGUUAUUUUUAUUCAUGGUUUGCGUGUCUUGUGAAGACUACCAAAAGGCACCACUAAGGCCUGGUAAUGUUUUUUCUUCUUUUUUCUUUUUCUUUUCUUUUUUUGAAAUCACACUGCUUGAGGGCUCUUUUUGCAGUGUGUCAUUGGUAGACUGGUUUCCAGUCACAGGAAAAUACUACGCCCCCUGUCUGUAGAUAUGCACCGUGCAACACACACGCCAACUAACUAGCCAUAUCACACACACACCUGUGCAUUUGCUGUAGCUUGUUUUGAGACGUAAUGUUUUAAAAGGAUUUUUAAAAGAAAAAAAUUGUAUUAUGUUGAAUGGCUGUCUCACCCUUAGCAGCUCUUCUAUUGUCACUGACUGAAUACUCAGCUCUGUGCUCUUAUGAAUUGUGUCUGUCCAUUUGAAAUAUGCUGUCUACUCGUGUUUAGCAACAUUUGUGUGAAUAAUGUACUAUUACUAUCUGCUGUAUAGAAAGGAGAGUUAAAGAGACACCCAAGUGUAGGCCUAUUACAUGGAAUAAAAUAAAGAUAUUUCAC